AUGGAGAAAUACAGCCAGUUUCGCGACAGAGCAACCGGCAUCGCGCCCUUCCUCCCCGUCUCGUCCACCAGCUCGGCCAUCUCGACGCUAACCCACGUCCUCCUCUUCCUCGUCCGCCUCCCCUUGUUCCUCACCUACGCGCUCGGCUACUUCCUAGUCUUCCACCCGCUGCCCCUCCCCGUCUUCGUCCGCAAAAUCGCACUAUGGGGCCUCAUGGCCAUUCCGGGAAUCUGGUGGAUUGACCUCCAGCUCGAUGGUGUCAAGCGUGGCACCUUGUCCGAGCAGCCCCGCGAAAGGGUCCCCCAUCCGGGAUCCAUUAUAGCCGCCAACUUUACGAGCCCGGUUGAUGCCAUCUAUCUGGCGGCUAUAUUCGACCCUGUCUUUACCGUCUCAUAUCCGGGGGAACGCAGAGUCAGGAGGAUAGGACUGCUGUCAGCUGUGAUGAAGGCGCUUGCGCCAGUCACUACGGAACCCGCUGAAACCGCCGACUUGGUGGACUUGAAAGACCUGGUUAAGCAGUAUCCAAACCGUGUCAUCGCCGUAUUCCCUGAAUGCGGCACCACCAACGGCAAGGCCAUCUUGCCAUUUAGCCCCAGCAUUCUCCAAACUCCAGCAGACAUGCACAUCUUCCCCGUAAGCAUUCGCUAUACCCCCUCCGAAAUUACGACACCCAUUCCCGGGCAAUGGCUACGCUUCUUGUGGAUUCUGCUUUCUCGACCAACGACCUGCAUCCGUGUGCGCAUCGCCGAGGGACAAACCAACAAGGCUGCCGCAAAGUCUGGCAACAACGGCUCCAUCGCUGGAUCUAGCGAUUUGACGUAUAGGGGCGGAGCAAGCACUGGCAUCAAUAGUGAAGAACAGAAGCUGCUGGAUUGGAUAGGAGAGGCACUGGCGAGGCUGAGCAGAGUCAAGAGAGUGGGUUUGACAAUGAAAGACAAGGCUGCAUUUGUUCGGGCGUGGACUGGAAAAUAGGUAUGAUUUAAGACUCGAAUCUGUUUGACUGGUGUAUGUAGGUUAUUGAGGUAUUAUACAUUGUAGCUUUGUAGCUUUGAAUGCGUUGUAAUGUAGGAUGCAGCAUAGCAAGAACCAGAUUUCGUUUUGCC